AUGCCUGCAACUCACCCAUCGCGCAUGCUUCAGAGCGCAGCCACGGGAGUCAAACGGAAACAACUUCCAUCUCCCGGCAUGUCCACCCACCGUCCUAACACUCGCUCGGCAACCGGAUCCAACUCCAUGUCCACAACCCUUGUGCCGAGCACGGCAAACGCUGCCGAUGUUGCGUUUAUCGAAAACGCUAGCGCUUUUCCUGUUGCCGACUCUGUCUUUACAACAGCAGCAGACAUCCUCUCCCGCGCAUAUGCUGCUACUGGUGAUGGAUUUAUUGUUGCACCCGUGUCUUUUGCCGAGUAUUGUUCUGUUGCCGAUGAGCGCGACCGGCGCGGCAGCAAGGCACGUCUGUUUUACCUCCAUGACUCUCGGUUGCUGAUUGUCACGGUGCCAACAAAUCAUCACGAGAUGCUACACGGCCAACUAUACCACAUAUUCACCGGAAAGCUUUGGGAGAUUGGCUUGGGUGAUGACUGGGCCGUGACCCACGCGACGACCUUCAAAUCUGCUCUGGGAAAUACGUCGGCUGGCGAAGGCGACUCUGGUGGUCGGCCCAUAUCAGCACGACCUAGUUGUGCCGCAUGGCCUGUCUUGGUAAUUGAGGCAGGUUGGACGCAGAGCCUCGCCAGUCUCCGCUGCAGAAAAGCCUUUUGGUUCCGUCAAUCCGACCACCAGGUCAAGAUCGUCCUUUUGGUGAAAGGCUUCCCGCUCGGCGGCAACAGAGACGGAGGUCCUGAAAAGAGGAUUUUGAUAGAACACUGGCAGGAGCCGUACCGGCUGCACCGUCUCGGUGCCACUGAGACCAGAGCCCAUGCAGCCGCCACUCGUGACAGUGUCUGUCUCCAGACAAUUAAUAUUGUCUGGGCCGGGCCUAUACCGUACGACGAUGCGUCUAUGCCGGUGCGUCAAGACCCGACCAACUUCAAUGUGACUAGAGGGCCGUUGAAGUUGGACUUUUGCCAUAUUUUCUUGCGACAGCCGAGGCCCCACACAAACGAGCAGGACAUUAUCAUAAGCGAUAGCGAACUGCAGCGGUUCGCGGCCCUUAUGUGGCUGCCCUAG